UCCAGGCAAGCAGCCCGACCACAGGGACAGCUCCCAGGAGCCAGUCGAGGUUGUCCGUCUGCCCGUCCACUCAGGACAUCUGCAGGUAAGUGCCGAGCAAAUGGUCCUGUUCAGUGCAAGGAGGCCAGUGUGUGCACGUCUCCUGCGCUCUGUCUGUGGCUCUCGUGUCUGUCUGACAUGUAUGUGUGUUUGUCUUGUUUCAUAUCUUUUGCUCAUUUUCUUCAGUUGGUCUUUUAUUUAUCAACUUCUGAUCAUGCUCCCAUUUUCAUCAUUCUUUCUCUUUCUCUCUGUCCAUGGCUUCCCCCCAACCCAUGCCCAUGUCCCAUCCUUUGCCUGCUGCUCUGUCCAGAUCUGCCAUGUUGCAUGACAUGUCUGAAGAUACAGUUGAACACUGCACCCCUGUCGUGGUGCUGAGCCCUGCUAGGAAGGAGUCCGGUAGGGGAGCAGAGAAGCCUAGGAGGAGGAGGAGGAGGAGAGCCUUGGAGCGAUACGAGCAUGCUGAAGAACAUAGAAAGGGGAGAAGAAGUGAUUUCAACGUGCAGAGCUCAAGCCCCAAAUGGAGGGAGCUUUACCCUGAGGAUUCAGAUUCCUCUUGCACCGACGAGAGCCGUUGGAUCCAGGCCAAAAGGAGAGCUCAGGUUAAAUUCAGAGUCUCCCGAAGAAGACGGAGAGACCACAGUAAACAAGGGGGAAACGUGGAUGGAUCAUCCACUCUGAAUAAAGCAGAGCUUGUUGAUGUGGCAUCCAGAAGCCAAGCCUGCCAAGAGCUGAUAGAACAUGAAAGCUGCUCUUUAAAUCUCCGGGGAGGAAAGGUCAUGAGGUCCCAAGAGUACAGUCCGUCCCUGGCUGCGGGACCCGUCGAGAUGGAUAGAUCCUCACCGAAUCCUGCCAAGGACAAAGGCAGAUCCCUCCAUGGAGACCUGCGGCUCCUGCCCUCUCUUAGGCGGAGUGCAAGAAUCAAGAAGAGAUGUCCAGAAACAGACACCCGCACUGAAGUCCUGGCAGUGACAGACGGUGGCAGGUGCGUGGGCGACAGAGGGCUCCAGGUACACAGCUCGCUGCAGCAGCCUUCUGCGACCUGUGACGAUCAUUUAGAAGUGUGCAGAAUUUGUCACUGCGAAGGGGACGAGGAGAGCCCCCUCAUCACGCCCUGCCGCUGCACGGGGACUCUGCGCUUCGUGCACCAGUCCUGUCUCCACCAGUGGAUCAAGAGCUCAGACACACGCUGCUGCGAACUCUGCAAGUAUGACUUCAUCAUGGAGACCAAGCUCAAGCCCCUCCGCAAGUGGGAGAAACUGCAGAUGACCACGAGUGAGAGGAGGAGAAUAUUCUGCUCGGUCACAUUCCACGUCAUCGCCAUCACCUGCGUGGUGUGGUCCUUGUACGUCCUGAUAGACCGGACAGCGGAGGAAAUCAAGCAAGGGAACGACAAUGGUGUCCUUGAGUGGCCGUUUUGGACCAAGCUGGUGGUGGUGGCCAUUGGCUUCACCGGGGGCCUCGUCUUCAUGUACGUGCAGUGCAAGGUCUACGCGCAGCUGUGGCGACGGCUCAAGGCCUACAACCGUGUCAUCUUCGUGCAGAACUGCCCAGACACUGCCAAAAAGCUGGACAAGAACUUGCCGUGCAACCUAACUACGGACCUCAAGGAUGCCGUGGUGGUGCCUGUGUCCCAGACGGGGCCAAGUUCACUGCCGUCUGCGGAGGGCAGCCCGCCGGAAGUCAUACCAGUUUGAGAGGAUGACUGGUUGGGAAUUUUUACUGAGGAACAUCUUUCUAGCCCUCGGCCACUACAAGUGACAGAAAGGGGUCCUGAAUGUACUCACUCCAUUUCUCUCCUGUAUUCUGGACACAUUUUUCCUUUGUUGCUCAAAAAGGAACGGAGAAAAACCGCAACGGACCAGGAUCCCAGGAAGCAGAGCCGAAGGUACGAUUUCUAAGACUAUUAAAGAAUGCUUGGAGGCGACAGCGAGAGAUGAUCGGUGGACAGAGACACCUCCCCGGAACAGGAGACACCUUCGCGACAGGCUGGAAUUGCUAAGGUUUUAGACAGGACAGUUAAUCUGGAAACAAGUUCACUCUAAGCCGGAAAUCAUCCAUGUCACCACCCCCACCCCCCGGAGGCAAAGCUGGGGGAUGUGUGUUUUGACAGCUAACAGGUCUUUCUGGCUAUAGCAGAGUCUGGUAAUUUCUGAUAAAUGCAUGUUUUUAAAAUAGAUGCAAUAUGCGUUUAAUAUUAACACUUGGAAUUAUGUUUAAAUUAUGAUUUUUCAGGUAAAUUUGGUUUAACGAAAUACCCAUAGAAGCUGAAACCUACCAGGCAGUUUUUAUUAAGUGGUCCCUCUAACAGAGUGCUAUCCGACAACUGUAACAUCAGCCACGACUGUUAAUUGUAGUUGCCCCCAUUUUAAAAUUUUGAGCCCCAUGUCUUCAAAUUGUAUUAUGGCAGAUUAAUACAAAUUACAUCAGAUAACACUGCCCUAAACUUAGAUCCUGCGCUUUAGCCCAACAGCUAAAUAUUUCAAAAUAGCAGGAUUAAUUUUUGUUGAAACUUUUACAAAAUGUUUACAGAGCACUAAGUCCUGUUUGAAGAGUUAGAUGCAGUUAUUUCUCUACUAAAGGGUAAAGCAAUUCAAUAAGAAAACAAACAGUCUAUAUAGCAAAGUUGAGAAGUUCACUUGUUUGCUACCAAGCAGCACUUGGGACCUGGAAAUGCUAACAAAGAAUGCAGCUAUCUCAAAUCCAUGUGAAGGUCAAGUGGACAGAAGACCCUAAGCUAAGCUGAAAAGCCAAGUUCUCCCUCUAGUCCACACAUUCUGUAGAUAACAAAUGCACUGGUUUGGUUUUGCUGGUUCCCGUGUUCUUUGCAUAUUCAUGUAGAGCUGCAGUGUGACGAGUGUAGUGACAGCCCAGGCGGCUGUCUUCUGCUUCCCAAGGGGAUUUAUUUUUGGUAGCUGUUGUAUUUAUUCUGGACAGGACAGGCUGGCCGUGAGGACCACGCAUGCGUGCACUGUGACUAGCAGUGUGCGUCCUGUUCACGUUACCAUGCACAAAGGAGAAUGAAACCUUUGAGGAAGAUGGUACGCACGGAGAUUACCAGCUGACAGAGUCCAACAGUCCCAAUUUCUAGGAAUAAAAGGUAACUGUCAAAUUUGUAUGUGUGUGGCAUGUGUAUAUUCAUGUAUAUAUGCAAAACAAAUGUUAAGAUAUUCAGCCUGCGAUUAAAACUUGCAGAGGCAUGGAAUAAGAGAACACACUGGGAUAAGGAAACAGACCAAAAAUUCUACCCCUCAUGUGGCUUUUAAAAUGUAGGAGAAAACCUUUUAUAAUGCUCUCAAGAUUUGGAAUAAGUUAAUUUUGAAUAACAAAGCUUUGGAUAAUGUAAUCAGAGUAUCUCACCCAAGGGAUUUACCUUGACUCAUUUUGCUGGCUCUUCCUACACUCUUCACGGACCCAUUUUUCCUGUGGUUUAAGAAAGGCAACAACACAGAUUGUAACUUCCUGGGGGAAAGUCUAGCCCCAACCCUGUUCUGGGAGGGAAGGCAGGGUCCAUGCCUAGUCCUUCCCCGCCAAUGUCAAGGGCCACACCAGAAUGCUGUCUGAAGCGACAAGCACACACUCUGCUGCCGUGCUGACACGGCAUUCUAAGAGCACGCGCCUUUAAACCCAACAGCCCCUCCUGCAAACGGCCGAGUUCCUGCGUGCAUCCAACAGCGGGCCAGUGGUGCAGCUGCUCUUUAAAGAGCAGAACUGUCCUCGGAGCAGUGCUUUUCAUGGAACAAAGCCCUGCAGAAUGACAAUUCUGAGGCUUUUUUUUUUUUUUUACCAUCACUGACCUGAAUCUAUGGGACUGUCAGUAGUAUAAACCACAGGUAUUCCUGCUUUUAAGAACGUCACUUUUGUAUAACCUUCAAGAGAAAAUUAUUAGGUUUCACUUAAAAAAGUGUUCCAUAAGUUUAAGCACAAAGUGCAAAGAGACAACCCCGACCACCUCAGCUGUAAUGCAGAUACAUGAAGGACCCCCAAUGUCGAGCACCAACUCUGAGCUGCCGCCACGUGGCCACAGCCCCGGGACCUGGCCUCAUGUCCUUACCACCUAUUCUUUGGCUGGGCAACCAGUUCAUUGGUCCAAUGACGUCAUUAAUCAGUCAUGGUGAAAUGGGAUAGGUAAACCUGUGCAUUUUCCUUUGCCAUGAGUGUCCAGCAAUCUACACAACCAGUUCCUGAAGUUGGUAACAAUUUGGUAAGGCUUAUACUUCAAGAAUGCAAACCCCUUUCUUUCCCUAAGUCAGCCCAAUGGUGCUAUUUUACAUAACCAGUUGGCAAGAAGUACUGUUAUUCUGGGCUGCAGCCUUUCCUGUGCAAGUGAUGAAAGCCCAUUGUGAAAACGAUAGAGCACUGGGAGAAGGAAGUUAACUGUGCACAAACUGACUGGACAUUUGUACUUUUGGUUUUUACCUAGUUAUCUUUAACAACCUACUGUUUGUGACUAACGUGUGCUAAGAAAGCAAAACCAUCUGUGGAAAACUUUGUAUAUUAAACCAGUGAUCCAAA